AUGCCGCGAGACCAUCCUAAAGUGCACUCUGGGGUUAGGCCUUUCACCUGUGAGCCGUGUGGGAAAAGUUUCAGGACUCGCUUGGACCUGCGUAAGCACAUCCGGACCCACACCGGGGAGAGGCCGUAUGCCUGCGAGCAGUGUGGGAAAAGCUUUGGGACUCACUCGGACCUGCAUAGGCACAACCGGACCCACACCGGGGAGAGGCCGUAUGACUGCGAGCAGUGUGGAAAAAGCUUUAGUACUCUCUCGGGCCUGUGUAAUCACAGCCGGACCCACACCGGGGAGAGGCCGUAUGACUGCAAGCAGUGUGGGAAUAGCUUCAGGACUCGCUCAUGUCUACUUCGGCACAUUCGGACCCACACCGGGGAGAGACCUUAUGAGUGCAAGCAGUGUGGGAAAAGCUUCAGCACUAGCUCGAAGCUGCAUGAGCAUAGCCGGACCCACACUGGGGAGAGGCCGUAUGACUGCAAGCAGUGUGGGAAUAACUUCAGGACUCGCUAUUGUCUACUUCGGCAUAUUCGCACCCACACCGGGGAGAGACCGUAUGAGUGCAAGCAGUGUGGGAAAAGCUUCAUUACUAGCUCAAACAUGCGUGAGCACAGCCGGACCCACACCGGGGAG